UCUUCUGCGCAUGCGCAAAAGGCGUCGUUUCGGGCGGGCUGAUUCAAAACAUAAACAAGAUGGACUUGAUAUCCGCGCUGCACUUUCUGAAGUUAAAAGAAAUCCCAGAAGACUGGGUGGAUGCAGUAUGGGACCUCGAGUUUACAGAGAGAAAACCAUUGGAUGAAAUCGCAGAGGAGGAACUUGCAGUCAGUGGACACAAGUCCUUCAGAGCUCUGUACCAGUGUUUACUGGCCCACGCUGCUGACCAUCAAAAGCCAGGCAAAGAUGGAGCUUCACAGAGCAUCUGGGCGACUCUGGGGGUGAAUGGGGUCUCAGUCAAGUCUCUGGUGGCUGUGCUAUCCUAUUUCAUCUUGGCGGGAAAAGCCAAAGCAGCCAGUGUCCAGCAAAGAGUGUGUGGACUGCUCGCUGCAUCAAUCUACCUGCUGCUCCUAGGAAUCCCAGGGAGCAUCGCCAAUAAGGUCUUCCAUGAGGUUUUGUUGGACACAUGUGCAGACUUGACCUCUCACUGUUGGCCUCAGGACUCUGGAAAGAAGCGCAAGAAGGAUGGCCUGAAGAGUUCCCAGACAGAUGGAAAACGCUCCAAACCACAGCGGAAAGACACUGAGAUGGAAGUGGAUGAUGAAGAGGAGGAAGAAGAGGAGCUUCAUUUCUCUGGCCAGGACUUGAUGAAGAUCAGGGAUGCUGUGGUUCUCUUGGUCCAAAGCCUCCUCAGGCUCCUGGAGACUUUUCAACUCAAAGACAGACCACAGAGCACCAGCAACUGCAUGCAGAUCUUCUGUAAGCUACUGUACUUUGAGCCGGUCGUUGGAGAACUAACCUUUGCAGCUGUGCAAGAUAUCACCAAACUGAAGAGUGUUCCUGAGAUGGCUUUCUAUGGCCUGCAACUGCUCUGCUCACCAAAACAUGGAGACCAGACAGAAUCUCUGCGCAGGGUUUUCCACCAGCUUCUCUAUGUGAUCCUGAUGAUGAAUAAAGGCAACAGAGGGAAGCCCUCCCUCCUUGUAACUAGCCAGGCCAUCCUGUCCACCCGCGACCAGGCUGUCCAUUUUGUUUGUCAUCUUGUGACUGAGCUGAAGGAGAUGGCGCCUCCUUUCAUGCAGAUCCUCCUGCAGCAUAUCUGCUACCAGAUGGUGGAGAAGAGUGAGUAUCGAAGCCAUGGAGCCCAGGCUGUGGCUAUGUUAACGUCUCAGAUGGAAAGUAGUGACUAUGCCUGCUUCAUCAAGUGGCUGUCUAACUUCUCCAGAAGCUCAAAGAUGGUGCACCGGCUUUUCUCCAUCGAUGUGGUGAUGGUUCUGCUUGAGCAGCCAGAGAGGCAGCCGGAGGAGUGUCCAGACCCUGAGCUUGCUUGCUUCCUGCCACACAAGUUCCUGAUCCAGAGCCUGCUGUUUGCUCGGCGGAUGGACAACUCCCCGACUGUCCAAGGCCACGCCCUCAACUGCCUGGCACAGUGUCUGGAGCUGCCGUCUUUCAACGUCACCCGGGCCAUCCAUGACCUCUUCGCUGCCAGUGAAACCCACACAGUGCUGGAAAGUGAAAUCACAGAAGGAAGUGUUAGCGCUCAGCAGACCCAGAAAACCUACCGCACUCUGCCGUUCAGGACUGUGGAAAUCAGCACCACGGAUGGCUCCGUCUUUGACGCAAAAGAGAAUCUGGCUCUUCUCCUGCGGCGCGUGGAGGACUCAAAAACGAACGUGAGGAAAUCGGCUCUGCAGGCCCUUGUUGGUCUCCUGAAACAUGCUGUGAUCCCCAUGAGCUGGGAGAACUUGUCUACACUAUCAGAGCGCUGCAGAGACUCAGCUGUGUCUGUGAAGAAGAAGGCCCUGCAAUGUGUGGGAGAGCUGCUCGCUGCUAAACCAGAGUGCAACAUGGUGCAGAGGGUGUGGCUACAGGGUGUAGUGCCAGCCGUGGUGGACCCUGAGAACUCAGUACAGGAAAAAGCCCUUGAAGCUCUAGACCAGGUGGUCCUCAGCCAGGUCAAGCAGUACUCUGCCAGCCGCCAUCUAGAUGCAAGUCAGAGGCUGACUUGGGACCUGCUGGGCCUGCUCUGUCAUGAGUGCCAGAACCUCAGCCGAUAUUUCAGCAGGGCCUUCACCAUCUGGUCCAAACAGAACAAGUUUACACCGUCAUUCAUCACCAACCUGAUCUCACACACCGAGGCAGAUCACGCUGCUGGGGCCUGGCUGCUGCUCUCCAAGGUGGUCGCUUCAUCACCCAAACUGCCCUAUGGCAAAAUCCUGGAUGCUUGGGACAGCAUGAUCAGUUCAAAGGCUGUAUCUGUGCCAACCUGCUGUCACAUCCUGUCUGUGAUGGGAGACAUUGCUGCACAUUUGAAUGAGGAUACCAAGGACAGGAUAGUUAAGGAUCUAAUGUGUUGGUUGAAGAGCUUUACUUUGUCCCUGGAGGUGAUCUCCGCUUCUGUGGAGACUCUUCUUCAAUUUGGCCGCAGUGAAGACAUCAAACAAACUCAGGCUUUUCUGAACCAGCACUGUGGUGAGUUGGUGUCUGUCUGUGAGGCUUAUCUAGCCAGCAUCAUCUUGAGUGAGAAGGGAGCCGAGAACCUCAAUGAGGAGCUGAUGGUAAAACACCUCCACACUCUGGGUGUGGCUUCACUUCACUGUCCUUCUAAGGUUGGCAAAAGGACAGUGCUGCUGGUGGAAUCUGUCCUCACAACACAUUCUGUCAAACUAGCAGAAAACCAGGAGGAGCUGCCAGCCUCGCUGCCGCUGUCCCAGUUCAAAACAAACUCUCUGUCUACCAAAGUCAGAGCGCAUGGAGUCAUCACCUUAGGUAAACUGUGUCUGCAGCACGAGGAACUAGUCCAGAAGUACCUGCCAGUGUUUGCCAGGGAGCUGGAGGUUGGCACGGAGGUUGCCGUGCGCAACAAUGUGGUGGUGAUUAUGUGCGAUCUGUGUGUUCGAUACACCAACAUCGUGGAUCACUACAUACCCAACAUCUCCACCUGUCUGCAAGACAAUGAAGCUGUCAUCAGGGAACAGACUCUGAUCAUGCUGACCAACCUGCUGCAGGAGGAAUUUGUGAAAUGGAAGGGCUCCCUCUUCUUCCGCUUCAUGUCGGCGCUGGUCGACCCGGUUCCUGCCAUUGCCAGUCUGUGUGAAUACUGUCUGGUCCACCUGCUGCUGAAGAAGAACCCGGAAAUGUUCAGCGUGCACUUCAUCGAGUGCAUCUUCCACUUUAAUUCCUACAACAAACACAAGUCUUACAACAAGUUCCCUCAAAGUGAGAGAGAAAAGGUUUUGUUUUCUCUGAAAGGAGCUCAUCAUCGUGACAAGCGUUUUCGGAUCUACCGCUUCCUGUUGGAGCACUUUACAGACACACAGCGUUUCAACAUCACCAACAAGAUCAAUCAGACUGUCUUAGCAUGCUUUGCAGAUGAGGAGCUGCCUCUAGAUGCAGAUGGUGCUGCGAUUUUGUCAGAGACCUUCAAGAUCUUGAGUCUGAAGGAGAUGAAGCUGCAGGCCAUAUCUGCAGGCGCAGGAGGCCCAGCAGGGGAGGAGCCAGAGGAGGAGAACAUGGCCAACAUGGCUAAGGCUGUCAUACAGGCAGCACAGAAGAAGGUGGUGUCACAGGUUCAGAAAAAGGCCUUCAUCGAGAACACAGUUCCCCUCAUCAUCAGCCUGAAGAGCCUGCUCGAGCAAAAACGCUCUCCUGUGCUCAGAGACCUAAUGGCCUACCUCCAGGUGACAAUGCAAGACUACCGUAAUGAGGUGAAGGAGUGUUUCGCUGGAGACGAGCAGCUUGCAGCUGAGGUGGAGUUUGCUCUGAAGACGGCUGAGAAGGAGAGAGAGAUGGAGGAACAGUUGGAGAACUGCAGCCUGACGGAAGACGGGAGGAUUCCCACUGCACAGUGUUCAGUCCAGGGCUCUCCUGUCAGGUCCAGGCCCCUCCUCCCCUUUAACUUUGCCACACCACAGGUGCCACGUCCAAACCCCAUGUCUGCCAGACUGACAAACACGGACAGUCGUGUGCACAGAUCCAGGCUGGAGGAACCUGUCCAGUCUAAGUCGAUCACUCUGGAAAGAACAGUGAUGCGCAAAGGAGUUGUGGAUGACCGAGCCUUCAGCACACCAGCAGGUGUCAACGUCAACUUAACUUUUGAUGAAGGACUCAGUGCGAUCUUCAGUGAGCGAGGAACAAGUCUUGGCGGAGAGACUAGUGUUCUUCAUGUGCGGCAAAAUGAGCAGCAAGCUCCUGGACCAAGGCUGUGGAACGUGCAGUCUCCUCUCCGCCAGAAGAAAAAAACAUCGAGAGUUUAACUGACAUACAGCUUUGUUUCUUUGUUUCUGUUUUUUGUCUUUGCUAUAACUACAGCUGUUACUGCUUCUUUCAUCUUCAUUUACAUCUACUGUUGUUGAUUGAUAUUCUGUCACCUUUAUCUUUGAUAUAUUUGUGUAACUAUUGUCUACUUUUUUGGGGGGGUAAUAAAGUGGACCUUGAUUAUUGGUCACCAGAUUA